CAGCAGCAACACCAACAGUUACAACAACAACAGUUGCAGCAACAACAGCAGCUGCAGCUACAGCAACAACAGCAGCAGCAACAGGCACAGCCGCAGACGCAGGCUCCUGAACAGCAACCCCAGCCACAGUUGCAACAGCCCCAGCAACUACAGCAGCAGCUGCAGUUGCAACAGCCACAACAACAACAACAACAACAGCUGCAGUUGCAGCAGCCACAGCAGUUGCAGCAGCAACAACUGCAGCACCAGCUUCAACAGCAACAGCAGCUUCAGCAGUUACAGCAGCAGCAACCACCUCAACAACAGCAGUUGCAGCAGCAACAACAGCAGUUGCAGCAACAGCAGUUGCAACAACAGCAGCUGCAGCAACAACAGCAGUUGCAGCAGCAACAGCAGCAGCUGCAACAGCAACAACAGCAGUUGCAACAACAACAGCAAGCACAACAGCAUCACUUGCAACAACAUGCUCUGCAGCAGCAGCAGCAGCAACCUGGUCACACGACCCAGCAGAGCUUCUGCCACCCGGGAAUGCUGGGGGACGCACGGGAGCCGCAGCCACCGCCACAGCAACAGCCGCAACAGCAGCAGCAACAGCAACAACAACAGCAGCAACAACAACAGCAGCAGCAGCAGCAACAACAACAGCAGCAACAACAGCAGCAGCAGCAGCAGCAGCAACAACAACAGCAGCAGCAACAGCAACAACAGCAACAGCAGCAACAACAACAACAGCAGCCUGGCAUUGGCAUGGUGCGGCCACAAGUGAAUGAUGCACGGCUACGAAACCUAAUUCUGCAGCAGCGUCAGCAGCUGCAGCGCCAGCAGCAGUGGCAGCACAUGCAGCAGCAGCAGCAGUUACAGCAGCAGCAAUUGCAGCAGCAGCAGCAACAACAACAGCAGCAACAGCAGCAGCAGCUGCAGCAGCAGAGGCCUGCCAUGGGCCGCCUUGAAGGCUUUGAUCCUCAGCGUGUGGCUGCCCUGCAAGCUCAGGCUCAAGUGGGCGCUCCCCAGCACACUCAAGGCCUGCGGCCCAUGUUUGUGCAGCUGCAGGCCAACAUUGAGGCAGCCGAAGGUACCCGGGUACCCAAGGUCCUGCCUCAGGGCCCGCCGACACCCAACGACCCGACCAGCGGCAGCGUCGGAGGGGAAGGGGUCGGGCCCCAGCACGCCUGCCACCCUCCCCAGCAGCAACAGUCGCAGCAGCACCAGCGGCGGGCGGUCGGCGCCGCCGAAGAGAACGGCGCGGUGACUGCUCCUGAGGGCGAGUCGGAUGCGCCGGAGGCCUCGCAGCCGGCUAAAAAGAAGACGGCUGGAGACUUGGUCAAGGAGGUGGAGGUUCAGGGUUCGGAGGAUCCGGAGGAGGCUGGAGUGGACAUGGAGGAAGACCUUGACGAUGACGAGCUUCUGGGCUUGGGGAACGACUUUAACAUCCUGGAGUACGCCGACCCCGAACUGGACCGGGCCUUUGUCGGGGAAGGGGAGAAGAGCAACAUCCUGGACGAACACCUGGACCUGGAUGACAAAGAAGACGACCUGGACGAGGUCGGGAGGGCCACCGACGCCGAGGUCAAAGAGGAAGACGCCUGCUCCGAGCGCGCCACUUCGGGCGCGGCCGGGGCUAAGCACGGCCCCGACGACAUCAAGGAGAAAAGCGGUGGCGUGGAACACAAGCCAGGCACGGAAUUCCCCGAGUUCCCCCAAGUCUCCACGAGCGGCACGGUGCAGCAGCAACAACAACAGCUUCAGCAACAUCAGCAACAGCAUCAUCCGCAGAAUCAACAACAGCAACAGUUGCAGCAACAGCAGAUGCAACAACAGCAGCUGCAGCAACAGCAGCUGCAGCAACAACAGCUACAGCAACAACAGCUACAGCAACAACAGCUACAGCAACAACAGUUGCAGCAACAACAGCUGCAGCAACAACAGCUGCAGCAACAACAGUUGCAGCAACAACAGUUGCAGCAACAACAGUUGCAGCAACAACAGUUGCAGCAGCAACAGUUACAGCAACAACAGUUGCAACAACAACAGUUGCAGCAACAAGAACAGCAGCAGCAACAGCAACAACAACAGCAGCAGCAGCAGCAGCAGCAGCAGCAGCAACAACUGCAGCCGCAGCAAGAUGCGGUGGUGUUUGGGCCAAGACAGCCGUUGGGAGUGCGCAUAGAGCCUCCGUUUGGGGCGGUCCGCGGAAUGCGCCCACCGCCGCCGUAUGCGGGGGGCCGCCUGCCCCUGGCCCUAGGUCCCCUGGGCCCCAUGGGGAUGCGGGGUCCCCCAGGCCUGCGGGGGGCGCUGGGCUCCGGGGCAGAGCGUCCCCUGCUGCUGCAGGAGCAGCCGCUGCUUCUGGAGGACUUGGUGGAGCAGGAGAAGCGGGAGCAGCGGAAGCAGGGCGCCGUGGCUGGCGGUGGGGACGGCGUGUCCCCCGGCACAGCCUCGCUGCUGAGCGACGUGGACUUCGAGAGGCUCAAGGCGGACGUGCUCUCGGGUCCCCCCGACGACACCAUCGGGGGACCCCCCACGGCCCCGGCGCCCCUCUUGCCCCCCGUCCCACAGCAGCAUUCGGUGAACCCAGCACACCUGGUGGCCUCUCCCCUCCGCUACCACCACAUGCACCAGGGGGGCCCCGGCGCGUGGCCGCCCCCUGCCAUGCUCCAGGGGGGUCCCCAGGGGACGCACAUGCUGCGCCAGCCGCCCGCCGCCUUGGGGGCCCUGGUGCCGCCCGGGGGGGCCAUGCACCUUGUGCGGCCCGACCAGGGUGCCAUCCGCAUGAUGGGGGUGCCCCCGCACCGCCAGGAACACUUGGUGCCUGGGAGUGGUGCCCCGUCCGGGAGCGGGCAGGGUGUGGGCAGCGUGGUGUCCCCCUCGGCGCAGUCCUUUCAGAUCCAGACGCUGCCCUCCCCGCCGGUGCCCCCGCUGGCGGCCCUGCCCGUCGGGGGGGACCCCGAGCAGCAGCGGCAGCAGCAGCAGGCGGUGGCGGCCUACGAGCAGUGGCUGGCCCAGCAGGACGCCCUGCUGGCCUCCCAGCGCAAGUUCCUCGAGACGGAGGUGGGCAAGCUGCGCAAGGCCAAGAAGGCCCUGACCACCAAGCAGCGCCAGCUGGCCAAGUCCGGCCAGGAGCUGCCCCAGCACAACGCCCUGGAGCUGCUGCGCAUCGGCCAGGAGCAGCCAGGCCUGCAGAAGCAGCUCGAACAGGUGCGCAAGCUGGGCAGGCAGCACACGUUGGUGCUUCAGGAGUAUCGUGCCAAGCAGCAGAAGCGACAGCAGCAACUGCAGCAGCAACAGGGCAGCCCACUGCACCAGGGAGGGCUCGUGCAACAGGGGGGUCCCUUGCAGCAGGGCGCUUCGGUGCACCACAUGGGACCCGGCAUGACGACCAGCAUGCCCUCUGGCAUGGGACCCAACACGGUGUCCAAUGCGGGGUCCGGCAUGGGACAGAACAUGGGGCCCAACAUGGGACCCGGCAUGGCUCCUAACAUGGGGGCUAUGGGUUCCGCCGCACCCCAACAGCACAUUAUCUCGGUGUCGACGAGCGGGGGCGGCAUGGCCCCCCUGGGGGGACCGCCACAGUCCCCGAUGCCUCCCCCCUCGUCCCCAAUGGGGGGCCCCUCCCCCUCGCCACGCAUGCAGCAGCCACCGACGUCUCCCCUGCCGGUGCCCUCGCCCCUGCUGUCGCAGAUGUCCCCGCAGCUGCCCUCGCCACGCACCCCGAGGCCCCCCAACACACACGCCUUGUCCCAGGAUGACUCCAGCCUCAUGGGAGACGGGUUCCAACAUCGGGACGGGAUGGACAAGGGGCCUCAGCAGCAGCAGAUGAUGCCCAGCAUUGUCCAGGGGCUCCUGAACCAGCAUUCGCCUCACCACGAAGGAGAUCAGGAAGAGUUCCAGCCACACCAACAUCAGCCACAGCAGCAUCAGCACCAGCAGCAACAACAGCAGCUCCAGCAGCAGCAACAACAGCAACAGCUCCAACAACAACAGCAGCAGCAGCAACAGCAGCAGCAGCAGCAGCAGCAACAGCAGCAGCUCCAGCAGCAUCAACAGCAGCACCAGCAGCAGCAGCAACUCCAGUUGCAACAGCAGCAUCAAAUGCAGCAGAUGCUGAUCAAGAGGGAGGAUGGGAGUCUGGGGGUCCCCCAUGGCCUGCGCAUGUCCCCGCACAUGGCCCCGAGGCCCUUCCAGCAACACGAGCAGCAGCAGCACAUCCUGCUCCACCCGAGGUUCCCUGGGCAGCCCCAGAUGCCACGCUACCUCAUCCGACAAGGGAGCGACCCGGCCAGCCAGCACCCGCCGGGCCACCCGUACCUGCAGCGCACCGGAGGGGUACACCCCAUGAUGCGGCCCCCGCCCCCUUACCCGGACCACCUGCGCAAGCCGCCGCCCUCCCCAGCCAUGUCCCCCGGCCACGGGCCAGACGGGGGGGACAACCCCGACCCCUCGCGCACGCCCCCGUCCUUGUCCCGCCCCAACUCGCAGCCCGCCCUGCCCUCCCCGGACCCCCGGUCAUCCCCCAUGGAGCGCCACUUCUCUCCCGGGACCCCCUCCAGCUCCUCCAGCCUGCCCCAGCGCUCCCCGGCUGUGCCCACGUCUCUGGCGGACGACGCCAGGGGUGACGUGGGCGAGCGCUCCGUCGAGAGCCUGUCGGACCUCCUCUCCCGGGUUUCCAAGACCCCCUCCGAGUCCCCGAGCCCACAAAGCCGCGGGGAGGAAGGGCGGCCCUCCACCGGGGAGCCUUCCCCAGGCAGGGGCUGCGGCUCGCAGGACAACAGUGGCCAGACGCCGCCGCUUUCCAAGCAGGAAAGCAUCCUGCAGUACCUCAGGGCCGGGUCGGUCGGCAGCCCCGCCAGCAACUCCAACUCGUCGCGCGGGAGCGUGGACAGCUUCGCUGGCGUGGCGGGCGGCCAGGCAAUGUGCUCCGUGGCGGAGUCGCGCGCCACAGAGAGCCCCCACUAUGUGCCCGCAUCAGUCUACCAGAGCGCUGGGGCCUCUCCCGUCGGCAGCCCGUCGCCCUCGGCCUUUGCGGCACAGAGCCAGUCGAUGUCCGCAGGCGACACGUUUGCCUCGGACGGGAGCGACAGCUCGUCCCCCAUGCAAGUGCGGACACAAAUGGUGCGCGUGAGCCAGGGCAUGAUGGGGCUCCCCACGACGACCGUGGGCUUUACCAGGGGCUCCAUGAUGCAGCACCAGCAACAGCAGCAGCAGCAGCAACAACAACAACAACAACAACAACAACAACAACAACAACAACAACAACAGCAACAGCAGCAGCAACAGCAACAGCAGCCCCGAAUGCAGUACGUGCAGCAAAUCCGCCAGCAACAGCAGCAGAUGAUGCUGCAGCAGAGUCAGUACGUCCCCCAGCAGGGUAUGGCCAUCCGACGACCUCCCGCCCAGAGCCCCAGGGGCUCCGUGCCCUUUGGGGACUCCCAGUUUGUGCGUGCCCAGAUGUUCAGGGCAGCCGCGCCGGCGAACGCCAACGUGGCACGCAACUUCAUCGUGCGGCCCGGCGGCAACAACCCCCCUGGCUCGGGCGGCGGCCUGCCGGGGGGCCGCCCCCACACGGUCGGGGGAGGCCGGGGGGCCGUCCCCGCGAGCCCGCCCAAAGCCUCCUCCUCCUCGGGGGACGAGGGGGAGGGGGCCUCCUCGACCCCCUCGCUUCUGCACCGGGCGGGGGAAGGGGGCAGCAGUUCCUUUGGGGGCAGCACCUUCCACGUGGGGCCCUCAUCCACGCUGGUCUCCUUCGAGACGGAGCAGAUGCAGACAAGCGUGUUCGUGUCCCUCGACUACCCCGCGGCCACCAUCACCAGCCACGACGGCUGCGUCUCGUCAGAGGUGCUGCUCAGCCUGGACGACGGCUCGGCCGACGCGGCCGCCCUGGCUCCCUCGGAGGACGAAGAGGACGGCGACGCCUCCCGCGUGGCCCUUGUUAUGGUUGGGGACGGGGACGGGGGGCAGCCUGACGCUGUUGAGCACGGGGAGCCCCUGGACGUGGCUGUUGUGGUGGAGACUGUGGGUGCCCUCUCGGACUGCGACCCCGGGGACGACGGCUCAAGCCCCGGCGGAUCGGACGGGGCCGACGGCAUGGCCCCUCCCGGCUGCGGCGAGCUGCACCAGCGUGGCACCCCCGCGGGGGACCACAACUACUCCAACCCUCCGCCAGAAGGGGCCGACGAGGACGUGGCCAAGAAGCUGGUCGGCCGGACCCAGUUCUUUGACGGAGUGGACGUGGGCAUCAAGCUGGAGGACUCCGUCCUGGGGUGUAUUUCCGAAGAGAAACCGAACAUCGAGAAGCUGCUAAGCGAGCGGAUCACACCUCCGCAGCGUGCCUCAAAGACUCCCUCUCCGCCGGCGGCCCCUGUUGCCUCGAGCGCCAUGUCCUUCCCUGCGUCGGUGACCCACACGCUGAACUUCACCCUGAGGCAGACGGGGAUGCCCCAGACAGUGCGCCUCUCCAACGAUGAGGGCCAGCUCGUCGUUCUUCCCGGCAAGGCCAUGGCAACUCAGCUGUCCCUGUCGCCGCCUGCCGUUGCCUGCGAGCCCCCCGUGACCCCGAAGAUGGAACCGGCCUCUGCCCUGACGCCUCCCGCGAUGCUGCGCGUGCACGCCGCGCUUGCGGCUCCCCCAUCCUCGGCGUGCGGGUCCCACGCAGCCGCCUUGCGCUGGUGCCGAACCCCGCCAGAGGUGAAGGAGGAGGGCACCCCCUCCGUGCCGCCCACGCCGCCACCCGCCCUGCCACCGGUGGUGGUGAAGCAGGAGGCCCGCUCGACCCCUUCCCCGUGUCUGGCCGCCUGCCACAAGCAGGAGUCCGAGGAUGUGGAGGAAGGGAGCGUCGAGGCUGCCGACACGGGCGCCAGCCGCCUGACCGAUGGAGCGGCAGUGCCCCGGACCGAGAGUAACUCUUGCGAUGAUGGUGUCCCCCCUGAACAGAGGCUCGCUCUCCCCGUCACCCCUCCUGUCGCCACGGCGACCCUCCCGGUCGCCUUGACGGCCAAAGACACCGCGGCGGCCCUUGCAGCCGUGAAAGUGGAACCCACCGUGGCAGCAGUGGCCGUUUCAGAAGCCCAGGCAGGUGCGGCGGAGGAGACAUCCGCCCCGAAGGCUUGCGAGGGCUCUGUCGAAGGGCCUGACGGGCCCACGGGUGGCAAGCAGAACGUGCUCCUCAAGCAGCUCCUACAGAACUGUCCCUCAGCCGAGACGCCCCACGUUGCAGACCUGCCCGAGGGUGCUCCCACAGUCCAAACUGCCUGCAGUGGCAAAUCGGAGAACGGCACGGGGGAGCUCUCGCAGACGGCGUCGUUGUCGCCCUCCCUGCCUUCGAGUCCCUCAAGCCAGCCGGCCACCACGACUGCAGAAACCGCCGUGACAACGACGGCAGUGCCGGUUUCGGCUCCGGGAAACGAACUUGACGUGCCGGCUACCACGGUCGGCACCCCGGAGUCGCAGACAGUCGUCGGCGUGGCCGGAACCCAGGCUGGGGCCACGACCACUCCCGACACCGACAAGCCCGAAGAGUCGAAAGUUAGGAAAAUGACCUACCUAGACAUCCGUCGUGCCCAGCUGGAGCGGGAGCCGACGCCCCCGCCCCCGACGGCAGAGGACCUGGCCCUGCGGCGGCAGCAGCAGCGCAAGCGCCCCAAGAAGCCCAAGGCGGCCCCCUCCGCCCCCGAGGCCGGCCCGGGGGGGCCCCCUGGCUCCGACGCCCCCAGGCCGGCCGCCCAAGGGGGUGCCAGGGCCAAGCGGCCCCGCAAGGGCUCCAGGGGGGGCCCUGAGGAGGACUACGAGCUGUUCCUCGAGGCCCUGCUGGGGCGCCUCAGGGCCCUGCCUCCAGUGCGCAUCCUCGAGCCCCUCAUCCGGCCAAACUUCAACGUGGGCGUCGUCUUCGGCCGGGGAGACCUCAACCUCAGGGAAUCGAGCCUGAAGGGCAGCUACGGCCGGGCGUUCCUGCCGGGCCAGCCGGACGCGUAUUCGGUGUGCCCCUUCGGUGAUCGGCCCCCUCCCCCCGUGGCCCCCUCCUCCGCUGCCACCCCCUCUCCCACACCCCUCAGGGGCUUCUACAACCAGGAGUUCUCCGUGCAUGCCAGAGUAACUUCCGGUGGUGCGGACUCCAAUAGGUGCCGUGAGGCGGACAGUCCCGACACAAUCGUGGGCGCCUCGUCCCCGGAGUGCGCCAUGUUCGAGGCCCCCUUCCGGUUCCGUGGCCUGCAGCUCAUCGACGAGGACAGCAACGACUCUGCGAGAUCCCUCCCCUCGCCCACGGUGCCCAUUGUCGCGCCCAUUCCUGUAAAAGCCAUUCCACCACCUCCACCACCACCACCACCUACCACCUUGAAACCUUUUACAGACGAGAAGGACAAAGAGAAUGCCUUUUCGGGAGACCGCCUGGGCCUGCGUUCCCGGCUGCCGGGGUGCGGGGGCCCUCCCCCGGCACCCCUGCGGGACUCGGCCAAUGUGUCGGUGACCUUGACCCUGAGCUCGGAGGCUGCGACGGACAUCCGGGGCGUGCUCUGCUCCCUGGCCAAGCUGCUGCAGAUCGAGCCCCCGUCGAGCUACGACAUCGUGGAGCGCACGAGCACCCCUCCCAGCCAGAAGCUGGGGCUCUACAAGCACAACAACAAAGAUGUGACCUUGGAGGAAGAGGCAGAGUACUUGGUGGAUGGGAAGCAGCGUUUCUGCCGACACUGCGAAAUCAUGGUCUCCCAGACCGGCAUGGUGAAGAAGCAGGCCUCGGAACUCGGCCUCGAGGCUACCAUCUCCAGAGAGGACGGGGACGAAGAGGCGGUUUAUUUUUGCUCCAGCAAUUGCUACAUGCAGUUCGCCCUUGCCCACCGAACCCCUUCGGCGGCCAGCACGCCCCAGCGAAAGGAAGCUACGGUGGUGUGCCACGCCGGCAGAGGCGACCACUCGUGCCGAGAGGCGCCGGACAGCUCCCGCGACCGGCUGGCAAGAGGAGUGGCGGCGGCCAGAGAGGUCGUGCGGGCGCUGGGCGAAGAAGACGAGGCCUCUCCGGCGCCCAAGGAAGAAGAGGGGGAGGAGGAGGAAGAGGAGGAGGAGGGAAGGCUGCUGGGCGACCUCGAGGGGAGUCCCGCCAGCGAGGAGCUCCGGAAGAGGGCGCCCAAGCACUCCCUGGCACUCCACCGGGAGCAGGAACCUACUCUGAAAAAGUGGAAGGAUGUCCGGUGGAAGUUGUGGUCUGUCGAUUUUGUGGGCUGUACGAAGUAUGAGCCCCCGUCAGAAGAGGAAGUUGCCCGGCUGUUAGAUGCUCAAGAUAUAUGUGUAAAGCCGGAUAAGCCAGUCGAAGACACGAGGAGGUGCAUUCUGUGCCACGUCGUUGGAGAUGGAGAAACAAAUGGGCCGGCCAGGCUGCUGAACCUGGACGUGGACAUGUGGGUGCACCUGAACUGCGCCCUGUGGUCCCAGGAGGUGUACGAGACGGUCAACGGGGCCCUGAUGAACGUGGCGUCGGCCUGCCGCCGCGCCGUGCUGCUCACCUGCUGCUGCUGCCAACGCACGGGGGCUUCGCUGCGCUGCUUCCGGCUGCGCUGCACCGCCGCCUACCACUUCCCCUGUGCCGCCAAGGAUGGCUGCUCCUUCUUCAAGGACAAGACCAUCCUGUGUCCCCAGCACACGCCUCGUGUCCCGAACCUCGAGAAUGUCCUCGAGUCUGUGGCCGUCUUCCGGAGGGUAUACAUAAACCGUGACGAGCACAAACAAGUCGCCAGCAUGAUUCAUAAGGGGGAGCAGAAUCUUCUUCGAGUGGGCAGCCUCAUUUUCCUCAGUGUUGGGCAGCUGCUGCCACACCAGCUGCAGAGUUUCCACACACCAAACUGCAUCUACCCUGUGGGCUUCAAGGUGGUGCGCAUCUACUGGAGCAUGCACAAGCUGGGUGCCCGCAGCCGCUACACGUGCAGCAUCCACGACGUGGACGGCCAGCCCCAGUUCCAAGUGCGAGUCUCCAGUGGCGGACACGAGAAGAUCCUGUCGCACCGCACUCCCAAGGGGGUGUGGCAAAAGGUGCUGCAGCCCAUCGAGAACUUCCGCCGGGAGGCCCAGGCCAUCAAGGUCUUCUCUAACUUCAUCACAGGGGAAGACCUGUUUGGGCUGACAGAGGCCGCCAUCGUGAGGAUCACCGAGUCGCUUCCUGGUGUGGACACCCUGAAUGACUACAACUUCCGGUACGGACGGUCGCCACUGCUGGAGCUUCCACUGGCCAUCAACCCCACGGGGUGCGCCCGUUCCGAGCCCAAGCUGCGCACCCAUUUCAAGAGGCCCCACACACUGCACACGAGCAACACGUCUCGGCUGUCCCUGCAGACGACGGGCAGCGGCAGUGGGGGCAGCUGCCUGGGUGCCGAGGCCAGCUCUCCUUACACCAAGCACUUUGUGCACUCCAAGUCGUCACAGUACCGCCGCAUGAAGACCGACUGGCGCAACAACGUGUACCUGGCUCGCUCGCGCAUCCAGGGUCUUGGCUUGUAUGCCACCCGGGACAUCGAGAAGCACACCAUGGUCAUCGAGUACAUCGGUCAGCUUAUCCGCAACGAGAUCGCCGAACGCAACGAGGCCAUCUACGAGGCACAGAACCGUGGUGUGUACAUGUUCCGGCUGGAGGAGAACCGGGUGGUGGACGCCACCCUAAGUGGGGGCCUGGCCCGCUACAUGAACCACUCGUGCAACCCAAACUGCGUGGCCGAGGUGGUCCAGAUCGACCGGGAGAACAAGAUCCUGAUCAUCGCCAACCGCCGCAUCUCGCGAGGAGAGGAGCUGACCUACGAUUACAAGUUUGACGUGGAGGACGACCAGCACAAGAUUCCGUGCAUGUGUGGUGCUCCCAACUGCCGCAAGUGGAUGAACUGAGCCAUUUUGUUUUUGACGUAUGCAAUUAUUUACAAGAGGGGUUUUAGUUUGUUCAGCUGCCACGCUGUGCUCCCAGCCUCUGGGCAUGGGACGUUGUAAAUGUCGGUAUUUUAUGUACAGCACCUUUUUUGUUACUGUUGGAAUUCUGGAUAGUUGGUUAUGUUUUGCCCUAUUAUAUUUACCCCCUUUUUCUGUUCCGUUGAUACUGGGAGCCGAUGUAAGUGUGUGCUGCCAGUAGAUGGCAAUGAUACAACUGUCUUGUUUUUUCUAGCGGUUAUGUAAAUUUUAUAAAUAGAAAAUCGAAUGGCACCAUCUCUCCGAAUCGUGCAGCCCCAUUACGAGUUCUCAGACUGUGCGGCAUGUACUGAAACCAUUUUGUCUCCGUUGUUGUAUGUUUGAUGAACUUGACACGCAUCAUGUAUAGAAACGCCGUCAAGAAACCUGUAGUGCAAUACAUGUUUAUAAAACAAUGAACUAUGACUGGAUUUUA